AUGGACAAGCCACUCAAUGUCGGCUUCAUAGGCCUCGGCGCCAUGGGCUAUCCUAUGGCAGCCAACCUAGCCACCAAGCUGCCAGAGGGCUCAAAAGUCUACGUCUUUGACAUCUUCAAAGGUGCUCUGGAGUCCUUCACCAAGUCCCAUCCCACAUCGAGCGAGAUCUGUGAUUCUCCCAGAGCCGUCGCCGAGCAUGCGGAAAUAAUCCUCACCAUGGUUCCCGAAGGCUCUCACGUCCGCUCCGUCUACCUUGACCCCAACACCGGCAUCCUCACCCACCCCUCCCUCGCCUCCCACCUGCUCAUCGACUGCUCCACAAUCGACACCGAGACAUCUUCCCUCGUUCACUCCCGCAUAGCCUCGCGCAGUCCAACGGCAAGCUUCUUCGACGCCCCUGUCUCAGGCGGAACCCUCGGAGCCGAAAAAGCCACCCUAACCUUCAUGCUCGGCAGCUCCGAGUCCUCUCCCCAGUUUCCUCUGCUCAACUCCCUGCUCACGCUCGCUACGGCCGAGGCGAUGAAUAUCGGGAUGCGGUCGGGGAUGGAUCCCAGGCUGCUUGCCAAAGUGUUCAGCAGUAGUACGGCACAGAGCACGAUUUGUGACAAGUGGAACCCGGUGCCGGGCGUGGUGCCCGAGGCGCCGAGUAGUAAUGGGUAUAGGGGGGGGUUCAAGGUGCAGCUGAUGAAGAAGGACUUUGGGCUCGCGGUCGAGGCGGGGAGGGGGAGUGGGAGCGAAGAUGGUGCUGGGAGAGGUGGGGUUGAGGGGUGUUCAGGUGGUUGGGGGGGUGAUGAGGAGUGGGAGGAGAAGUUGGCGAAGAAGGGGUAG